AUGACCAGCCCUACAUAUCAUCUCAGCGAGAUAGUAGAAACCCUUCAGGACGCAAUUCAAGGCGACGAUAACCCAUCAAGUAAUUCACAAGAACGUAGACGUGGUGAAAAAAAAUUCUCCCCACCUCCUCAUGGACCAUUUACCUCGCUCACACUAUACCUAUUUUCGAGUUUGAUGUUCGUCAUAUCGAUAUCUUCAUUCUUGCUUGGUAUAUCGUAUAUCUACUGUCCUUCAGAGAUCAUACCGUUUAUUAAACCGAUAUGUCAAGAUGAACAUUACAAAUAUAUAAUACCACUAUUGAUACCUGUCAUAGCUUGGUUCUCAAUUGCGAAUUGGGUUGGAUGGGAGUAUUUCAGGUAUUCCUGA